GGAAGAUACUACUCUGGUGGAGCCGGUGCUUCAGCUGCUUCCCACUGAGGAGUCUCCUCUCUUACCUGAGAGUUGUUCCGCGCCCAGCGCCUAGAUCUGGGCAUGAGCCGCCACCGCAGCCGCUGCUGCUGUUGCUCCUGCUCUUGCUGCUCCUCACCUCUUUCGGCUGCAUUCUCCUCCUGCUGCAGCAGCCCCGGCGCCGUUACGGCCGCAGAGUCCCCGCGCCCGACUGACAGAUAUAAACAAGAGAAUAAAGACAACAGCCCUUACUAUUCUGUUAAAAUGAAAUGUGAUUUUAAUUGUAACCAUGUUAACUCUGGGCCUGUAUUAGCAAAGCCUGAGAUUAGCAAAAAACUGGAAUCUGGUACUCCUGAAUAUUUCCAAGAUUUUUGUGAAGACUGUAUUAAAGGCAAUAGAAGCCUGUCCUAUACUGGACCCCAGAAUGUGAGCCCCAGAAUUGUAGAACUGAUAACUGAAAACAAGCCAGUACACAACAAGGAAAAUCAAAUACUACAGAGGCUUGAUGCUUCAAGUGAAUCAGAAGAAUUGGAAAGCAGUAGACUUUAUGAGGACAGUGGCUACUCUUCAUUUUCUCAUCAAAAUAGUCCUAGUGAACAGGAAUAUGACAGCCUUCUCUUGUCUCGGAAUUUCAUUGUCAGCCCCAAACCCUGCCUUCUACAGAACCAAAGCACCGGACAAUUUCCAAAUAAGAACUUGUUGCCAAUCCUUCAUUUUGAGGAAGUGGUUUGUUCGACUUUAAAAAAGAAUGCCAAGAGAAACCCUAAAGUAGAUUGGGAAACAGUGGAAAGAAUAGUUGCCCAUGGAGAUUUUGGACUACAUAAUGUAAUUGGUAGAAAAAUGGGCUUAGAUCGACUGGAUGUUCUCAGUGAACUCUUCCAAAGGGGACUCAAACAUAUCUUAAUAAAUAUUUUAAAACACCUCAGUGAGCUGGAUUUGAUCAAUGUGGCCAGAGUGAGUGCAACAUGGAAGAAGAUUCUGAAAGACAAUAAAGGGGCUUUCCACUUAUAUAGUACAGCAAUGAAAAAAGCUACUGAAAAUACUGCAAAAUUUUCACCUCAUGCUGCAACUAGAGAAUAUGUUCUGGUCAGGGCUGCAUUAGCUUCUGUUCAGAAAUCAACAACACAGGCUCCUAAUGGCUCCAAAAAAGUAUCUCAGCUCAAAUUAUCUGAUCAGGGAGUUUCUACCUACAGCCGACACAAUGAGUUUUCUGAGGUUGCCAAGACCUUAAAAAAGAAUGAAAGCCUAAAAGCCUGUAUCCAUUGCAACUCACCUGCAAAAUACGACCCCUAUUUGCAGAGGGCAACAUGCAAACGAGAAAGCUGUGGCUUUGAUUUUUGUACAAGAUGUUUAUGCAAUUAUCAUAUCACCAAAGACUGUUUAAAUGAAAAGACCCUAAAAGCAAACUCUAAAGUGGGACCUCUUCCUGGUAGUAAAAAAAGCAAAAAGAAUUUACGAAGGUUAUGAUCUUUUGUUAUAUCAGUUGCAACUAGCCGACUGAAAGUUGAUUGGAGAUGUUAACGUUAGGUGACCAUAAUAUGGUUCUGCCUGAAGUCUUUAUUUUAAAUUUUAAAAAAGAUAGUAAAUAUAUUGUUAUUUUUCAAUUGUCAUGAAAAUCAAUUUUAAAAAAAUAAAACAACAAACUUCAGUGAAUUUUUGGAACUUGGUAGCUUUGGCAUGUCAUGUAUUUUGAAUUCUUCUGCAUUUAUUACCAAAUGAGAAUCCCAGUACAAAAUUCUAGAUUACAUUUUUAAAAGACGAAACAGCCAAUUAAGUCUGGAAUACAUUACAAUCAAAAUGAGCUUAAUCUGGAAUAUCUUUAAGUGUACUUUGGAGAUUCAUAUCAAAAGAAUGCAGUUUAAACUAUUUAAACAUGCUAUUCAUUUUCUACAGUUAUUUUAUUAUAAUUCCUAAGUUUAAAAAUAUAUUUUAUAUCCUUAUGAUGUCUCUAUUUUUUGAGGCACUGUUAUUUGGCUUCCAAGUAAAAGUAACUACAGUUGCAAUAUCAAUGUCAGGAAUCUGUCUAUGUAAUUGUUUUUGUCCUUUUUCAAAUGUUUCUUCAAUGUCAGCAAGUCUGAAAUUCCUAUUCCUACCAUCUAUUUCCAAAUGAAGGAGAGAAAUGUCUGUUACUGUGGUGUGUCUUGUUUUCUUCUCUGAAAUCUGUUUUUAAGACUUUUGUACAUUUGUUAUAUAUUUUUCCAUAUUUUAUGUGUGCUUAUAUAAUAAAAAUUAAAUGUUC